AUGGCAAAAGCUUCCGUGAUGGAAUUGCAGGUGGAGGCUGGGAUGUGCCAGGUGCAGAGGGACGAGGGGAUGCAAGCAUGGCGCCUGAUGGCCUCAGUGCUUCAAGGCAUGCUGAGUGCGCUCGCCCAUCUGGUCACAGGGUGGAGCCCUGAGACGGUGGCGAUGGUCUUGCUCGCGACUCCCUUCGUGGUCGCAACAGUGUACUGGAUGGUUAGGGCACAACACCGCCUGGCCACCAUGGAACAGACACUGGGCCAGUGCAGCGAGAUGGUCCACAGUAUGCUGGAGAAACUGUCGGACCCAACUGGGGAGCAUGAUGACCUGGGAAGUGGACUCCUACGGCACUACAUGAUGGAGGAGUUCAUUGCGGGAGUGCGUACCAUGCAGCACUUUCUCGGACUUCUGGCUUUCCAUGACAGGCAGCUGGCAGAGUUUCUGAGCCAACUGGAGGAAACCUUGCAAGGCUAUGUCGAGUUGGCAAAGGCAGUGAACAACCUCCUCAGUGAGCUCUCGGUCAGAAUGCCGAAGACAGCGACAGCCACCUCCAUAUUAGAUGUGGUGAAGAAUGUACGAGAGAUCCUCCUGAAAGUUCAGGCGGACCUCGAGGAUGGAGCUGGCAAGGUGGCGGCUGGUACAACAGCGGCAGCGGCUACCCCCACGCCGGGGGAUGGCUCCAACUCCGUCCUGGACAGAUGCCGCGAAACCUUGGCGCGUGUAGAACUCCUUGACAAGAAUUUGGAGAAAAUGCACAACAAGUUUACCGGGCUGGCCAAACUGUUCGAGUCAUAUGAUCCUACGAAGACAGUGGUGGAGGUUGGGAGCAAAACAAAGAUGCAAUCGAUCCAGGAUGACGUGGGGCUGAAUCGGGGGCAGGCGAAUCAGCUGCAUAAGGACAAGGUCACCCUCCUCAAGACCAUGGAAAAGAGCCUCGCCACCCUCCAGAAUCACCGGCGAUGGGCCGCACCGAUCGACAGUGCGGGACAGAACAGAGCCAUCGACCUCCUCCUGGCCCAUGGGGAGACACAGAAGGAACACUCGGACCUGCUGGAGAGGACAGACCAGGUCUUGCAGGAGCUUCGGGAGGCCUGUCGUGAUCAGUCCACCAAGACCCAGGAGCUCGGCAACAUCGUGUUUGAGUUUGAGCUGAGGGAGCGGUUUGCGGAGCGCUUUGGUAUCCGAGGUGGAGUGCCCAUUACGCCCAUCCAGACUGCGAGCUCCCGGGCACCGACGGUGAUCGACCUGCAAUCCCGGAUUGCACGACCAGUCAAUUUUGCGACGGUCACAUUCCCAGACGGUAGGGUAUCCAUGGUGCCGGAAGGUCAGCUCCACUAG